AUGGAAAACCCAGACCCUCCAGCCCAUGAGUGCCUCUCCGAAGAUGCACUGGUGCAUCUCAAGUCCUACAAAUAUUCGAGUGUUGACAAGUCGUACAUAUCACGAUACAUCCUCAAGCACUACUGGAAUGCCUUUGUCGAAUUGCUGCCCAUGUGGCUCGCGCCCAACAUGGUUACCCUUCUGGGUUUCGCCUUCAUUUUGACCAAUGUAGCAUGUCUGGAAAUCUUCAUGCCUGAUUUGGUUGGCCCAGGUCCUGCUUGGCUCUAUUAUAGUUUCGCGUUUGGUCUGUGGAUGUACUCCACCUUGGACAAUGUCGAUGGAAAACAGGCUCGGAGAACAGGCACGUCUAGCGGGCUAGGCGAACUGUUUGAUCACGGGAUCGAUUCUUUGAAUUGCACACUUGCCAGUCUCUGCGAAGCGGGCGCCAUGGGACUCGGUCCGACAAAAGCCGGCGUUUUCACGGCUCUGAUUCCGUGCUUGCCCAUGUUCUUCUCCACUUGGGAGACGUACCACACGCAUACGCUCUAUUUGGGAUACUUCAACGGGCCUACUGAGGGACUUAUCCUGGCCUGUCUUCUCAUGAUUUUGUCGGGCUAUUACGGCCCUGGCAUCUGGAGUGUUCCCAUUAGGAAUUUCCUGGGCCACGAAGAGAUCUUUGGAACCUAUUCCUUCCGCGACCUUUGGGUUCCGAUCCUCCUAUGCUCCUUCUGUGCAGCUCACCUUCCCGCUUGCGUCUUCAACGUCAUUCGCGCUCGUCGCCAGAAUAAUCUGCCUGUAGCGCCUGUUUUCCUCGAGUGGGCACCUAUUAUCGUCUUCACCCUCGCCACUGGUUCCUGGCUCUACUCUCCGCACUCGACGCUGAUGAAGGAGAACCGCAUCGUGCUCUUCUGCCUCACCAUGUCCUUUGUCUUCGGACGCAUGACCACCAAGAUCAUUCUGGCCCACCUUACUCGGCAGCCUUUCCCGUACUGGACCGUCAUGCUGACGCCUCUUGUGGGCGGUGCCAUCCUGGGCAACCUUCCCUUGCUCGGCCUCCCGGCUGUGAGUGCCAAGGUGGAGCUUUGGUACCUCCGUGCCUACUUCGUCUUCGCCGCUAUUGUUUAUUUCCGAUGGGCCGUUCUUGUGAUUAACAGCAUCUGCAACUACCUUGGAAUCAACUGUCUCACCAUCAGUGACAAGGCCGCUCCCGGUCAGGUGCGACAGAAUGAGAAGCCGGCCAACGGAAAGCCCGAGUUCGUGGCAAAUGGCGCCAAUGGCGUUCGCAAGGCGGAUUGA